AUGAAUGGAGACUUUGUGAUCGGAGGGAUUUUUACAUUUCAUCAUUACACAAGAACACAGCAAAUGACUUACACCAGGCUUCCAUCCCCAACACAGUGCUAUGGCAUUGACUUCAGAGAAGUGCGUUUUGCCCGUGCCAUGGAGUUUACCAUCCAUGAGAUCAACAAUAGAACAGAUCUCCUCCCGGGUAUUACCUUAGGUUAUCAGAUACAUGACUCGUGUGCUAAUGUGCCAUUGGCAAUCAGAGUUGCGUUUCAGCUUGCUAAUGGUUUUGAGCCAGUUUUCAAUGAUACUUCUUCUUGUUCUGAAUAUGCAACUGCAACUGUACCUGCUGUCAUAGGAGAUUCUACUUCCACACAGUCAAUCAGCAUUGCCAGAAUGCUUGGUCUUUUCGGAAUUCCACAGGUGAGUCACUAUGCGACCUGUGCAUGUCUGAGUGAUAAGAGUCAGUAUCCCACCUUCUUUAGGACCAUUCCUAGUGACCAACACCAGGCAGCAGCACUGGCACGAAUGGUCAAGCACUUUGGCUGGACGUGGAUUGGAGCAGUUCGUAGUGACUCAGAUUAUGGAAACUAUGGAAUGGCAUCAUUUUUGAAGGCUGCACAGGUGGAGGGGAUCUGCGUGGAAUACUCCGAGUCUUACUACAGGACACAGCCACGCAGUAAACUGGAGCAUGUAGCAAAUGUCAUCCGUAGAUCCACAGCCCGGGUUAUAAUAGCGUUUAUGUCAUCAGGCGACAUAAAGAUUCUUUUACAAGAGCUUUCACAACAGCCACCACCUCCGCUUCAGUGGAUUGGGGGCGAAACAUGGAUCACUGAUCCUGAUAUUUUAAAGUAUAACAUGUGUGCUGCUGCAAUAGGGUUUGGGGUUCCCCAGUCAGUUAUUCCUGGCUUUCGUGAGUUUCUCCUAGACCUGACUCCAAGCAAAGCAUUACAAUCACCCUUAUUAACAGAAUUCUGGGAAAGUUCUUUCAACUGUUACCUUAAAGGUAGAACAGGUGUCUUAGAAGGUGUGCAAGAAUGUGAUGGCACCGAGGACAUUUCUAUGCUCCAGAACCCGUAUUUAGACACGUCCCAGCUGCGCAUCACGAACAUGGUGUACAAAGCAACAUAUGCCAUAGCACAUGCCAUCCAUGGUCUGAUUUGUAAUGGCACACAAUGCGAUAAGAGCAUAACAUUUUCACCAUGGCAGAUACUCAAUCAACUGAAACUAGUGAACUUUACUACAAAUAACGGGUUUCAGGUCAUGUUUGAUUCUAAUGGAGACCCUCCAGCCGUCUAUGAACUCAUAAACUGGCAGUAUACGAAAAAUGGUGCUUUGGAUUUUGUGACAGUGGGUCAGUAUGACUCAUCCAGACCAAGAGGACAGGAGUUCAGAAUGAGCAAAAACAUCAGCUGGGUUGGAGGACAGACUGAGGUACCAGUGUCUGUGUGCAGUGAAAGCUGUCCUCCAGGAACCAGGAAAGCUGUACAGAAACGAAGGCCUGUCUGCUGUUAUGAUUGCAUACCAUGUGCUGAAGGAGAGAUCAGUAACAGAACGGACUCACUGGAUUGUUUGCGCUGCCCUCCUGAGUUUUGGCCCAACACCAAGCGAGACAGCUGCCUUCCCAAACCUGUUGAAUUCUUGUCCUGGGAUGAAACUCUGGGUAUCAUCCUAACAGUGUUUUCUAUCACUGGGGCCUUCAUGGCUGUGUGUGUGGGAGCUGUGUUUUACAAGCACAGGGCCUCUCCUAUAGUUAAAGCUAACAAUUCUGAAUUAAGCUUUCUGUUGCUCUUCUCUUUAACUCUGUGUUUCCUCUGUUCACUUACAUUUAUUGGUCAGCCUUCUGAGUGGUCCUGUGUAUUGCGCCACACAGCGUUUGGGAUCACUUCUGUCCUUUGCAUCUCCUGUGUUCUGGGAAAAACUAUAGUGGUCUUAAUGGCCUUCAGAGCUACACUUCCAGGUAGUAAUGUCAUGAAAUGGUUUGGGCCUCCACAACAGAGACUCAGUGUGAUUUCUUUUACUUUAAUACAAAUCCUCAUUUGUGUGCUGUGGUUAAAAAUUUCACCUCCUUUUCCAUUUAAAAAUAUAAAACACUACAAGGAAAAAAUAAUCCUAGAAUGUGGUUUAGGCUCAGCUAUAGGAUUUUGGGCUGUACUGGGAUAUAUAGGUUUUCUUGCACUUUUGUGUUUUAUUUUGGCUUUUCUGGCCCGGAAGCUGCCUGACCAGUUCAAUGAAGCGAAAUUCAUCACUUUCAGCAUGUUCAUAUUCUGUGCAGUGUGGAUCACCUUUAUUCCAGCUUAUGUCAGCUCUCCUGGAAAAUUCACUGUAGCUGUGGAGAUCUUUGCAAUUCUAGCCUCAAGCUUUGGAUUGAUUAUUUGUAUUUUCGCUCCCAAAUGUUUCAUUAUUAUUUUUCGGCCUGAUCAAAAUACCAAGAAACACCUCAUGGGAAAGGCACAGUCAAAGGAUCUCUAA